GAUUUUAUUGGUACAUUGGAUCUCUAACAAUUCUAGCGACAGUAUAUAUAUCGUUAAAAAUUAACAAGCAGGCAUCUUACAACGUUGUAGCGCGACAGUCCUGGAUAGUCUGGAUUAUUUAACUGUUACUCAGCGUUGAACAAACAUAACAAAAGGCAGCAUGUCCAAACGCAAGGGGGUCUCUGCCGAUGAGAAACGAGUACGAAUGCUUCAAUUGUUUUAUGAGAAGAAAGAGUUCUUUACGCUGAAAGAACUGGAAAAGAUUGCACCUAAGGAGAAGGGUAUUGUAGUACAGUCUGUGAAGGAAAUUCUUCAAGCUUUGGUAGAUGAUGGAUUGGUACGAUCUGAUAAAAUUGGUACUUCGAUAUAUUAUUGGACAUUCCCAGGUGAAAACAUCACUGCGAUAGAGCACAGAGUAGCUGAAGGAAAUAAGAAAAUAGUAGAAUUAGAAUUUAAGCUAGCCAAGCUUAAGGAAGAGUAUAACAAUGAACAGACAGAUAAAGAGGAUACUGCAGAAAGGCAAGAACUAUUGAAUGAAAUUGCUAUACUACAAGAAAAAGAGAAUGAGCUCAAAAAACAAAUAAGUAAAUUCAGUGAUGCAGAUCCAGAAGUCAUUGCUCAAAUAAAUGACAAAGCUCAGUUAUACAAGGAUGCAGCGAAUACAUGGACAGACAACAUAUUUGCGCUUCAAAGCUGGUGCAAACGAAAAUUCGACAUUGCCGAAGAGACUUUGAAUAAGCAAUUUAACAUUCCAGAAGAUCUAGAUUAUAAGGAUUAGCCAUAAGAACACAUUUUCAAAAGAAAAUGAAACAUCAAGUACACUUUUC